UAAUAUGCGAGCAUGAAAUUAUUUAAUAAAUAUCUAUUAAAAAUAAAUCUAACAAUAAAUAUUUUCUAUUUCCAUUUACCGUGAAUGUAUUUACUGUGACGGGACCUGCGCAGUUUUGAAUAAUCUUAAGAUAAAUCGUUUCUAGAUAUUUAAUGUAUUACAAAGUUACAUUUUCUAUGGUGUGUUUAUAUUAUAACCGAUUUUAAUCUGUAUUUGACGAGAAACGUGUCCAAUGUAAUAUCUUUUAACAAUAAAAGAUAAUAUUUAUUGUUAACUUAAAAUAACAUUGUACGGAUGAAAAAUAGUAUUUAAAUACUUAUUUAAAUUAAGUAGUUAAAAUGAAAAGAAAAAUGUGGUUAUAAUUUUAUAGAUGAAAAAUUUAUGACAAUCUUCAUUUCUCUGAUAAAAAUUUAUUUAUAAAUAGAAAAUGUUUCUUCGUUUGCAUUUACGAUUGUUAAAUAAUACCGUGUCAAUUACACGACAUUGCUCAAAGAAAUAUGCAACAAUUGUGUCUGAAGAAAGUCAAAUCACAAAUGCUCCAAUUUAUCCACCUAUAUUAGAUUUGUCUUUCAAAGCUAAUCAAAAGAGAAAAAAGGAAGCUUGGUAUGAUGAAAUUAAAAAACUUAAAACUGUUGAGGAAAAGAUUUUUAAAAUCAAUAUGCCAUAUUAUUAUGGCUGGAAAUCAUUAAUUUUGAACGAACAUAAAAUACCUUACAAUUCUUUGGAACACGCGCAGUUUAUUACAAGAACUUAUAUUGUACCAGAACGUGGACUUCCAACUUUUUACAAUAAUUUAAUGUCCGACGAAGAGCUUGAAUCUAUUGUGAAUGAAAGUAAAAGUUUGAUUGAAAACAUCAUUGCUUUUGAAUACUCUAGUAGAAGAAGGAAACACGAAUUAAAUGAAAUUCAAUUAGAAAAAAAAUCGACGAUGGAAAGUAUUAUAACAAAUGCGAUUGUAUAUCAAAUUAAUAGAAUAUUACAAUUAAAUCUUGUUAAUAUUAGGCCACAUUUAUUGGAAAUUCAAACCGAUUUUGAACCACGUGUUGAAGCAUUUUGGCUUGUUGGUGGGAUAGAACCAUCGGGAUUACAAUCAAAGGCAAAGAAACGUAUACAUUGGAUGAGACAAUAUGCCUAUGAUCCAAUAGAUAUUCCUGUACAAUAUUAUGGCAAUUCUAUUCUCCAAACACGACAUAAUCUUCCACUAAAGGAAAUUAUGUCUUUGAGCGAAUGCGAGGAUUCUUCUUUGACUGUUCCACAGUUUAAGUUUGAUCCCAGAGUAUUAGGAUAUACUUUGAAUCGUAAGCAUGCUACGAAUAUACCAGGAUUUUGGCCUGGUGAUCCAUGUGAAUUUGGCCUUUUAUCUUAUCACAAUUGUGCAACCAUAGUUGAAAGACCAGAAAAAUGUAAUGAUGAAAGUGAUGCAUUUCUUAAACAAGCUAUUUUAGCUUCCUACAGUUGGUUAUUAUCACAAGCCUCUUAUCAAGGUUUUUCAACAUUUCACGAUGUUACUUAUCCAUUUGUCAAUCAAGCAGUUAUAACUAAUGGCCAAUAUUGGUCAUUUUAUGUUUAUCAACUUAAUACUACUGUAUUGCAUUCAGAAAAUAUUGAUGAAAAUCCGAGACGUAAUAUUUGUUGGGCUACAGAAUCUGUAAAAUUAUUUGAUAAAGUUGAAGGUGAAAAGGUUCAUGGUUUGAACACUGAUGUUCUUAAAACUUUAAUUAAAUUUUAUGCAAACACUCCUGCAGAAAGAAUGAUUGAAAUGAAACCAUAUUUGGGAGACACUGUACAAAAAAUAGCUGACAUCAAAUCUGACAAACGAAGAGACUGGCUGGAAAGAUAUUAUAAACAUCUUGUAACAAAUAGGUCACGCCAUAGAAAACCACCAGAGAUAUAUCAUUGGCAAAAAAUUUAUCUUAUUGAUAAUAAGAUGUGUCCUAUGAUGAAGAAGAGACAUCCGUUCCAAUUUGGAAUUUCUGUUAUGAAACGUAAACUUGAUGAUCAUGCCUUAAAGUAUGUACCAAAAUGUUUUAGAGUGAAUCCGAAGAAGAAAUUAGGUAAUUGGGAACAAACUUUUUAUCCAUAGAAUUUAAAUAAUAUGUUUUCUCUCUUUUCGAUG